AUGAGAACAUCCGGAAACCUUGGCUCGGGGUACCAAGGUGGCCCCCCUCAAGGCUAUCAGGGUGGACCUCCUCAAGGCUAUCAAGGUGGACCUCCUCAAGGUUAUCAGGGUGGACCUCCUCAAGACUAUCAGCGCUAUCAACACCAAGGAGGCCCAGGCCUCGAAAAUCAAGGACAGAGUCAAUAUUGGAGACAGGACCCCCACCAAGGAGCGUCACAACAGAACCCAUAUCCUGGAGGACCGCCACCGCAAGCUCAACAUCCGUAUCAACGGCUACCACAGCCUCUUAAAAGAAAAUCUCUGUUGAUCGGAAUCAAUUAUGUAGGUAGCCAACAUUCACUCCGUGGGUGUCAUCAGGACGUGACGAAUAUGAUGGAUUUCUUAAAAUUUAAAGGCUACUCGAGCGACCCAAAGGAUCAAGUUAUCAUGCGAGAUGACCAACAUACGGACGCACGGGGACCAUUCUUCCCAACAGGCAAGAAUAUCCUGGCUGCGAUGCACUGGCUAAUAUCUGAGCCUAACACCUGCAACUUUCUGCACUAUUCCGGCCACGGGAGCCAGGUCAAGGAUCCAGAUGGCGAUCGCGAGUCAGGCUUUGAUGAUACAAUCGUGCCGGUCGACUUUGAAUCCAACGGCCAGAUCGACAGUGACAAGCUACAUCGUACCCUUGUGUCCGCGCUACCGGCCAACAGCACGCUCUUUGUGAUUUUCGACUGCUGCCACAGUGGCUCCGCUAUUGAGCUACCGUACGUCUAUCGCAGUGACGCCGACGGCAAUGUCACCUUGUUGGACAAUGUCAAAACUGGCAUGGGAUUGCUCCACGAGGCUAGCAGCCUGGUCCACGGCGGUUUCACGAUGGACAAGCUCGUGCAGGCGAGGGAACUAUUCGCCGGCGCAAACACCUUCUUCAAACAGCUCCAGCACUCCGAUGAGCCGCAGGAAGAAGGCGUUGGUGAGGAGCAUUUUGUGGAGGACUGGAAAUCCGAGCAUAAGUUUGUGACCAUGUUUUCUGGCUGCCGUGACGAUCAGACGAGCGCAGAUGCAAGUAUCGGUGGAGCGAGUGUUGGGGCCAUGUCAUGGGCAUUCUUGGAGACGAUGAAAAGGAACCCAAAUCCGACAUAUUUGACGACAUUGCAACAAACGAGAUCAGUUCUUGGGCAAAGUGAUUACAAGCAAGUGCCGCAGUUGUCGAUUGGCUUCAAAGAACUCGAUCUGAACCAGCCAUUGAGAUUCUAG